GUGAUCCACACUGGGGAAAAGCCCUACGAGUGUGGGGAAUGUGGAAAGAGUUUCGGCUACCGCUCCAACCUGAGGGCACACCAGGGGAACUGCCCUACACCUGCUUGGAAUGUGGGAAGAGCUUUGGGUGGAGUUCCAAUCUGAGGAAGCACCAGCUCAUUCACACUGGGGAGAGGCCCUACGAGUGUCCCAAGUGUGGGAAGAGUUUUCGGACCAGCUCCAGUGUCCUCCUACAUGAGUGCAUUCACACAGACGAGAGGCCCUUCCGCUGCCCCGACUGCGGGAAGGGCUUCAAGCACAACUCCAACCUCACUGUCCACCGGCGCAUCCACACUGGGGAGAGGCCCUACGAGUGUCCCCAGUGUGGGAAGAGCUUCUCCAGGGGCUCUCACUUGACCCAACACCAACGGAGGCACCAGUAAGGGAAGCCCUGCGAGUGCCCCAAGUGCGGGAAGAGCUUUGUGCGCUGCUCCAGCUCCAUCCCCCAUGGGAGGAUGGGCGUUGGAUGAUCCCCAGUGACCCCCGUUGGGCAGAGCCCUGGUGAUCCGUGGUCCUGGUGAUGCGUGUUGGGAAGACACCUGGCUGGGAGGCUCCACAUCUUCCUGGCUCCCUGUGGGCACCUGGAUGAACACCGGGACAGGAACAUCCACUGGGACACAGACCAACAAUGGUAAUUCCUUGGGGGGAGUGGAUUUGUUGACUUUCAAUCCCAGAAAAUCUUUUGCAUUCAAUCCACCUAUCUUCUGGUGGCAUCAAGGAGGUGUUGGAGGUCUUGUCCAACCUCAGUGAUUCCACAGUUUUUAUUUCCUAUUGCCCAGAGGUGUCUUCCACAGCCAGAUGUUGAUGAAAUGGGUCAAAGACCAAGAUUUUGGAGAUAGUGGUCUGGAAAGCCUUCCAAAAAACGUUGUUCCCUUCCACCCAAGCACGGGGAUCCUCAGCUGGCAGAAAUCCUUUCAAUAUGGCCUGAUUGGCUUUUUAUUUUUCUUUAUCCCUUCAAAAUAUCCAACUUUGGUGUGAAAAUAAAGACAUAGAACUAA